AAUUACACGAUAACUUGGUGGUGAUGAAGUGAAAAGCGUAAAGACAUAAGGAAGGACUGAAGGAAGGAUGUUGAGGUCAGAAAUGAGACUUCGCUUCCUUUGAAAAAAAUAUGAUUAUUCACGUGAACUGAGUAAAAAUAAAUAGAUAAUCAUGUCACCGAAGAUAAAGAAACACGUUGAUCAAGAAGCAUUUAAGAAAGUGAAUAAAGGAAAGAAUUCGCUGAUAUAAAAAAAAAGAAUAACUUAGAAAAAAUAUUUGAGAUUCUAGAGUUCCAUUUUCUUUUUUUCACUUGGCACCCGAAACACCUGUGAGAGAGAGAGAGAGAGAGAGAGAGAGAGAGAGAGAGAGAGAGAGAGAGAGAGAGAGAGAGAGAGAGAGAGCAGAAGAAAACUUUCAAAACAUGCUGACUCCACACUUUUAAAAGGCUUUGGAAUCGGAAAAAAGUGAAGGAACGGGAUUCUGGAUCGGAUCCCUUAACCUAUCGGGAAGGAUUUGGCCUGUCGCGAACGUCUCUCUCUCUUGAGGCCCAUAAAUCUGUCUGGGAAGAGCAUUGGAUCCUCUUUGGCACCGCACUUACGCCGCUCACUCGCUGUUCCCGGGCACAAAACAGGAAACGUAGAGUGACAGAAAGGACGGAAGGGAAUAUAGAUGAAAGAAAGGUUGUUUACGCGGUGAAUGAUAACGAAAAGGAAUGAGUAAAGGAUUGGAUACCCCUUGACACUCCAUUCACGGGGUUUAUACAGUGUUUAGUGAUGAAAAAGGAUUGAGAAAAGUAUAAGAUCAUGAAAGAAUAAACGGAUAUGAAAAUGUGAAUAACAAGAAGAAGAAAAAGGGAGGUACAGUAUAAGUGAAUGAAGAGAAAAUAUAAAUGACAAGAAAGAAAGAAACAAAGCUGAAGGAAAAGAAAGAAGAAUCCACGUGGUAAAGGGAGAUAAGAUAAAGUGAACAAGUUGUAAUAAAAGAAAAAAAUAAAUGAAAAUCGUGAUGGAAAGCCGAGAGGAAGAAGGAAAAAAUAAAGGCUGGAAAUCUCAGGAAAACUCACAUGCAUCGCUAGUUUUUGAGAGGGUUAGAUUUUCCCUCCUUCGUCCCCAUGUCGGCAAAAGUUAAAUGAACUCCGAACGCACAAGAAAAUAACAAAAAUAAGUAAAAAACGCCAAGAAAAAAGAAAACAAAAAAAAAACGCAGCGCAAGGAAAAGUGUCUUGAAAGGAAACAAAACCAAGAAAAGUAAAGAAAAGAAUAUGUUUGCUCUCAUUAAUGUCGUCUGAAGUUUUGCAUUCCGGCAGAACCUGAGAGAGAGAGAGAGAGAGAGAGAGAGAGAGAGAGAGAGAGAGAGAGAGAGAGAGAGAGAGAGAGAGAGAGAGCACACCGUCACCAGCAAAUCCACCCCGUAUCUCGUAUGCUGCAAUCUCAACUUCUGACGGAAAAAAGACCCCAAAAAUUCGUGAAAGAUUGGUAACACACACAGAAAAGGGGUGAGAGGAGGAAGGGGAAAGGAGGAGAAGGUGUGGGAAAAAAAGAAAAAGCAGGUGGUGGAGGAGGAGGAGGAGGAUAGCGACGAAGACGAGGAGGAGGAGGAGGAAGAGGAAGAAGAGGAAGGGUUAGGGAACGCGAGUAAGGGAAACAAGUCGCUGGUGGUGGUGUCGGUGGGAAGCGAGGCACAGGAGGAGAAUAUGCGUGGAAGUAUAGGAGAAGAGACUCAGAACCUCUCUACCCAAGGCAUGGAGACGAUUCAAGAGGACGUGGAGCAUGAAUACGACCUGGAGAAGAUUCAGAAGAAGUAUGGUGACCUGAAGGGCGAGGUGGUGGUGGUGGAGCUGCAGAAGGGCGCCAACGGGCUGGGCAUCUCCCUGGCCGGUAACAAGGACCGCACCGUCAUGUCCGCCUUCGUCUGCGGCCUCAACCCCAACGGCAACGCCUUCAAGGACGGCCGCAUCAAAGUCGGGGACGAAGUGCUUGAGGUGAACGGCAACGUAAUCUACGGACGAUGUCACCUGAACGCCUCCAGCAUCUUCAAGGGCAUACCGGGGCCGAAGGUGAAGGUGAUUGUGCUCAGGAAGAAGACGGGCCUGCAGGAAAUGGCCAUCAAGCCCGUCACGCAGUUCCCCGUCACACUGGAGGACGAGACACCGGAGGAGAAGUACGCUCGAUUCAAGGGCCUCACCAACAUCAUUAUGAAGAAGGCUUCCCCUCCCCCCAUUCCUCCUCCCCUACCUCCUUCCUCCCCUCCUCCUCCUCCUCCUCCUCCUCCUCAUCUCCAGCUUCGUCGAGCAGCCUCCCUCAAUCCUAAGGGUCAGGCCGGGCUGGGCAUCAUGAUCAUCGAGGGAAAGCACGCGGAGUACGGGAACGGCAUCUUCAUCUCCGACCUUCAGGAGGGCUCCGUGGCCGCCUCGGCGGGUCUAUUGGUGGGCGACAUGAUCCUGUGUGUGAACAAGGAGGAGAUGGUUGGCAUUGACUACGACCAGGCCACCAACAUCCUCAAGAAGACGGAGGGAGUCAUCAACAUGUGGGUGGCCAACGCGGCGAGGGUGGCCGGAGGGAAGCCAGACGUUCCGCCAAAACCCACCAUCGCCCCCAAACCAACCCUGCCGGCCAAACCCCCCUCCCUCACCUCCCUGCCUGCCCCUGCCUCCCGCCUCUCCCCCCCACCCCUGGACGACCCUGACCCCGCACCCCCUCCCCCUCACCCCCGGCCAUUACCCCUGGACCGCCUCCCGGGCAUUGGCGUCACCUCCCUGGGCUCAACAACACCUCCGUCUUCGUCGCCGUCCUCGCCAUCCUCGCUUCCCUCAACAGAAGGGAAGGAGAAAGAGAAGGAGAAGGAGAAGCCUCAGGACCCAGCGACGGCAGAGAUCAGGCCGGGCAAGGAGACAACCAUUGAGAUCGUGAAGGAGAAGAUGGGGCUCGGGCUGUCCAUCGUCGGGGGGUCAGACACACUCUUGGGUGCUAUAAUCAUCCACGAGGUUUACCCUGAUGGUGCGGCAGCCAAGGACGGGCGCCUCAAACCCGGCGACCAGAUCCUCAACGUCAACAAUGAGAACUUCCGCGAGAUCACACACCAGAAGGCCCUCAGCGUGCUGCGGCAGACGCCCUCCAAGGAUAAGGAAAAGGUGAAGAUGGUGGUGUACCGUGAGGAGGGGACGCAGAAGGAGGAGGACCUGUACGACAUCAUCACCGUCCAGCUCACCAAGAAGUCCGGCAAGGGUCUCGGCCUCUCCAUAGUGGGUCGGAAGAAUGGCCCGGGAGUCUUCAUCUCGGACGUGGUGCCGGGCGGUGUGGCGGAGAGUGACGGUCGCCUCAUGAAGGGUGAUCAGAUCCUGGAGGUGAACGACAAGGACCUCCGGCAGGCCACGCAGGAGCAGGCGGCGGCGAUCCUCAAGUGUGCUCCGGGCUCCGUCUCCAUGAAGCUUGGCCGGCUAAAGGCAGGGAAGAAGGCCAAUGCUAACAACAACGCCAACAGCACAUGGCCUGUAACGAUUAGCGACAACUCUCCCGACAUGUCCUCCAGCCCCUCCCCCGCCGAGCCUCCCAUCCCCAUCCCCCGCACGCACCUCCCCCCACACCUCCAGGCCCACCACCCCCACCUCCCGCCGCCACAGCCCCAGCAUCCCCCGAAGGAGCCUCAGGAACCCAUGGGUAUCAGGACGAUCUUGCUGGAGAGGCGCGAUGACGGACUGGGCUUCUCCAUCGUCGGCGGGUUUGGCUCCAACCUCGGGGACCUGCCCAUCUACGUGAAGAGUGUAUUCGAGCGCGGCGCAGCGGCCAGGGAAGGUUCGCUACGCCGCGGGGACCAGAUCCUUGAGGUGAACGGACAGUCGCUAGCCGGCUUGACUCACGCCGACGCAGUGGCCAUAUUGAAGGAAGCUCGGGGAUCUGUUGCUCUCACUAUUUUGCCAUCCAAGUAAAGAUGAAGGAGCUGUUUAAGUGUGUGUGUGUGUGUAUGUGUGUGUGUGUGUGUGUGUGUGUGUGUGUGUGCGUCCUCUCUCUGUCGCUAUUCUUAUUAUUUUGCUGUUUUGAUGUUUCUGGUUGUUGCGAACGAGGGGGAUCCAUGCUGUGUACACACGCCACACACUCGUUGUUGUCAGGGCUCAGCACCAUAUGAUCAUCACCCCACAAGUAUAGAUGUACACACACACACACACACACCAAGGCUCACCUAACACCUAAACACCCAGCUAAGUGUGUAUGUAUGGGUGUCCCUGUCUGUCCCUCUCCCUCCUCCCCUCCCUUUGCCUCAUAUCCCAGACGGUGCAGCAAGUUAUCGAGGGACGAGGGGCACACUGCCUUUUCCCUACCGUGGUGUGGUACGCAAGAAUCAUGCGAGUGUUACCAGUUGAUUUGAGGUGUUCCCCUGCGCUGCGCCCUUCCCCUUCCAUUUCCUAAGCCCCCCAAUACAUCUCGUUUCCUGAAGCUUGUUCCCGACACCACUGCGAGGCCUUGAGGGGACUGUGGCUUUCUUUCAGUUUACGGAUGAUAAAGUUAUCCUGAUUUGUGCUCCAAGAUUACUGUGUUCGUCCCAGGAAUCCCCCCCACCCCCCCUCACACACACACAUCCCCAAAGCCAGUGUUAACUCAGAAGUGCAAGACUGACAUGCUAAAGUACACAGAGCAGGUAGACAGUGUUCAAAAAGGUGAUAUAAAAACUUCAAAAAGACCCAGAAAUUGUAGUUGCCGAUCUCAGAGCAAACAGUGUCCUGAAAUUAAGGUGGAAAAAAAUAUACGUAUCAUCAAAAGACCCAGAAAUCGUGUAGCUGUGGAUCGCAUGGAGGUCCCAGCGCAAGGGGGUUCGGGAGUGACCUGAAAGACCGAUUAGUUCUGUUAAUGUUGACACACACCGGCUUUCAGUCUGCAAAACAAAAAAACAAGUAGCAAUAUAAGAAUAAAAGUAAAAAAUAAGCUUAAAUAUGAUGUAAAAGUGCUGUAUACACUUACUAUUGACAAGUUUGCAAUGUGUGUAUCUUAAUCACCCAAUCGUUUCGUUGCGCAUCCAGUCCUUCCGUGAUUGUUUGAUUGGCCGGAUGUCAAUUGUGGAACUUGUACAUUUGUUCGGUUGCUAAAUCCAAAUUCUAAAUGUUCGUCUGAUGAUUGUUCGAGCAGAUACUAUUAAUUUAGGUGGUUAGAUUGUUUGCAAAGUUUAUACAGCAUAUCAUAUUUAUAUUGGUAUCACGUAAUGACAACCACGUACUCCGCCAUUUGUUUUCCUAGAUCAUUAUCUCUACAUAGCUAACUCUCCAUGUUGUUAAUUGCUUGAUGAUGACUGUGAACCUGGUUAAUCCGAACUGCGGCGCCGACAUUGUUUAAAAAAAAGACCUAUUUAUUUUGGGGUAAUCUAUUUUUUCCACGUGCAAGUUUGGCCACGAGAAGAAAAUGACGGAGAGGCGCGCUCGUUGGGAUGAACCAGGUCUCCUUCAGCUGUUAUCUCUUGUUAAAAUUUUACCUCUUGAUUCUGAGAAGAUAAUUUAGUAGGGUUAUAUUAUUCAUCAUUAGCAGUUAGUAAAUACGGUGAAGCAAAGUCAGGUCCAGCGACUCUGACUCUGCUCUCUUCCUAGUUUAAAAGUAAUUAGGGCAUUGUUUUGUAAUUAAAACUUUACUUUUCAUAAUGAUUCAGCAGUGUGCAGUGUGGGACUUGAGCCUUAUUUGUUUAUUGAGAGUCCCAGGGUACGGUGACGGCCAGCCCACGGGAGGUCGAGGGCUGGCCGGGUGUUGCAGGGAGCGAGGCAGGGCGAAGUACAGGAGUUCCCAAGGGCGAGGCUGCCGGGACUUGACGCCCUCACUACUAAAGCAUAAUGUGAUGUGGUCAGCCGACGGUGGUGACCCAGCCAGCACGAGGAAACUACCUGACACGGAUCCACAGCGUCGUCUGGCUUCGAGAUACAAGACUGACUACAUGAAGCAAAUGAAGCAAAUGAACCAUCACGUCGAAUAAGCUCAUACUGACAUCUUUUUAUCAUCUAUGCAAUAAGGCAGUAAUAUGAAAUAAAAGCAUUUCACAUUAA